CCGUAUAAGCCCACCGCAGUCUCCUCGCUUCACACACUCCUCGCUCCACUGCCAUUUCCCGCGUAGCCCCCUCGGCUUCUCUUACAUUUACAUUCAGGUCCUCCCCCCCUCACGGUUCUUCACGCGCGCGAGGGCCCCUUUGUUUUCUCGUAUUUACAAACAGGUCCCUCCCAUGGACAAGAAGCAGGGCUUCUUCUCCGCGCUCCGGGAGGAGGUCGCCCGCGGCCUCUCGCCGGCGCGCGCUCGCCGCCGGUCGCAGGCGGCCGCCGCGGCAGAGGUGGCCGCGGCGCUGCGGUACGCGGGAGGUGGUGGUGGGGGGGAGAUGCUGGCGCCGCUCAUGGAGGGCCCGGAUCCGGAGUCGGGAGACGGCGGGAGAUCGUCGUCGUCGGCGGCGGCGGCGAGGAGGGAAGGGUGGGGGCGGUGGGUGCGCGGCCAGCUGUCGCGCGCGCCGUCGACGGCCGGCGCGGCGGUGGUCGCGGCGGGUGGUGGCGGCGGCGCGGCGAGGCGGAACGACCUGAGGCUGCUGCUCGGCGUCAUGGGCGCGCCGCUCGCGCCGGUGCACGUCGCCGCCGGCGAGCCGCUCCCCCACCUCAGCAUCAAGGACACCCCCAUUGAGACCUCGUCGGCGCAGUACAUUCUGCAGCAGUAUCUGGCUGCCUCCGGGGGGCAGAAGCUGCUGUCAUCGGUGAGGAACUCGUACGCCAUGGGCAAGGUGAGGAUGGUGGCGACGGAGUUCGAGACCGGCGGCCGCGUGGUGAGGAACCGCAUGGCGGCGCGCGCCACGGAGUCCGGCCGGUUCGUGCUGUGGCAGAUGGCCCCGGAGAUGUGGUACAUUGAGCUCGCCGUCGGCGGGAGCAAGGUGCACGCCGGCUGCAAUGGCAAGCUCGUGUGGCGCCACACGCCGUGGCUCGGCGCGCAUUCCGCCAAGGGCCCCGUCCGCCCUCUCCGCCGCGCACUCCAGGGCUUGGAUCCUCUGACCGCGGCGAGCAUGUUUGCCGGUGCGCGGUGCAUUGGCGAGAGGAAGGUGAAUGGGGAGGAUUGCUUCAUCCUGAAGCUGUGCGCGGACCCUGAGACGCUAAGGGCGCGCAGCGAGGGGCUUGCGGAGAUCAUCCGGCAUGUUCUCUUUGGGUAUUUCAGCCAGAAGACUGGCCUCCUUGUGCAUCUUGAGGAUUCUCACCUCACCAGGAUUCAGUCCACCACCGGAGGGGACGCAGUUUACUGGGAGACCACCAUCAAUUCGUUCAUUGAGGACUACCGCCCGGUGGAGGGUAUAAUGGUUGCGCACGCUGGUCGCUCCGCUGUGACCCUCUUCCGUUUCGGAGAGGUUGCCAUGAGCCACACCAAGACUCGCAUGGAGGAGGCAUGGAGCAUCGAGGAGGUCGCGUUCAAUGUCCCUGGCCUCUCCAUCGAUUGCUUCAUCCCGCCCACCGACAUCAAGUCUGGAUCCAUCAGCGAGACCGUCGAGCUUCCUCAUGGCGAGAAGAGCAAGGUUGGUCUUCUCCAAUGCCAUAGUGCUAAGGUGGCCGCGUUGGAGAAGGCAGACGACAACGUCGCGUGGAGCGGAGCACUGCAGCGAGAUUUCAAGUGAUUUGCUGUCUGUUCAUAGUUGCUUCUUGCAGUGCCAGUGCUACUGACUCAUUUUGAUGGUUGUAGGGUAGCAAGAAAGAGCCAAGGGAGGAUGAUUUGGAGCUUUGCAAAUUCCAAAUGUCCUGUAAAUAGGAAGCUUAAGGAAUUCACAUGGUCUUCCAUAUCCCUGAGGAGGCCUAUUGUGAAGAACCCUUACCUAUCUUAUUCAGAUAUAUGGUAGUAGGUAGUUGUUAGUAACUUCUGGCGUUUUUUUUUGUCGGUGCCUUGUGGAAGAACCAGGAGGGGUGUUUCUCAUCCUGCACCCAACCACAUGGUAAGGGAUCAUGGUGGUGGUGCUGUUCUUUCUCUUAUAGCGAUACUAAUUUAUCGGAGCCCAGCGAGGAAGAAGGGUUUCUUCUCUGGCAAUUGAGAGUGAUUUUAUUCUGAUUUUAGCAGUCCAGUGUGCUUUUGGUUGGUGAUAGUCUCCGGUCAAAACUAACUUUAGGUGAAAGAUUAAGAGUUCUGAAUUGCUGUUGCUCUUUGUUUAGGGUUAUCAUGAUGGGUCUCUGGUUGUUUUUUUCCCUGUCCUUCCUUCACAUCUCUCUUUAUUUAGUAUGAGAUGGUGGUUGUAUUCUACAGAAGUUGAUGUAAGCCAGAACUUCUAAUGAAUAUCAUGGAAUGAAUUGUUUCUUUUUGUGGCUUA